AUGCAAUGGCAGCAGCAGCAGCAGCUCUGUCUGCUGCUGUUGCUGAUCGUUUUUCUGCUCUGUGUGGGGGCUCCGUGUGCGCACUGCUCCUUGCUGCGUCCUGCAGCAGCAGCAGCAGCAGCAGCAACAGCAGCGAAACUCCCAGGAGGCUUGCCGCUGCAGAUUAGAAUAGCCUUCCGCCCAUGGAAGCGUGAACAGCAUAAACAGGUUCAGCAGCAGCAACAGGAGCUGCAGCAGCUGCUGCAGCAGCAGCAGCACAGCCGUAUGCAAUGGUUCCUGCGGCGUUCUACAGCAGCAGCAACAGCAACAGCAGCAGCAGCAGCAGCAAAGGAUGGCCUCGCCAAGCCCAUUGCGGCGCCUCUUGCAGCAGCAGCAACAGCAGCUGCUGUGGCCUCUGCUGGUGCAGCUGCAGCUGCAGCUGUUGUGUACGCUGCAGUAGAGCUCCAGCGGCGGUGGCAGCAGCAGCAGCAGCAGCAGCAGCCCCUCUUGCUGCAGGCUGUUGCAGCAGGUGGUCCGUUGCUGCUGCUGGAGCUGCCGUCAAUCAAAGAAGCCCGACUGCAUAGUUACCCUCUCGUCGGGAAUACAGUGGCCAGCAUUUGUCUCCUAUCAAACUUGCUAACACAGCAGCAGCAGCAGCAACAACAACAGCAGCUAAGCUCAGCUGCUGCUCCAGCAGCAGCAGCAGCAGCAGCAGCAGCACGGAGGUUUUCAGUGGGAGCGCAGCAGCUGCUGCAGCGGGCGUUUAAGGUGAAGGGAUACGGAGCAGCAGCAAGUGCAGCAGGAGUAGGAGGCGAGUUAGUUAUGCUGCAGCAAGGUAAUCAGCAGCAGCAGCAGCAACUGCUGCUGCAGCAGAGAGCCCUGCAGCGGUCGCGCCUGCUGCACAUUGCUGCAGCAGUGCUGCUGCCGCAGUACAAGCUGCUGCUGCAGCAGCUGCAGCAGGAAGCAAUAAAUCUGUUUGCUGAGUGCACAGAGCAUUUGGUUCCAGGAGCUGCUGCUGCUGCUGCUGUUGCUGCAGCGGAGCAGCAGGCGCUGCUGCUGCUGCGCAACAACGCAUGCGCAGCAGCAGCAGCGGCGCAGCAGCAGCAGGACCAGCAGCAGCUAGGACUCAUGGAUUCCCCUUGCUUUCAAGAAGCGCUUGCUGCAGCAGAGCAGCAGCUGCAGCAGCAGCUGCAGCAACAGCUACGGCAGCGAGAAGACGAAGGCUGUGUUCUUGCUGCAGCGCAAGCAGCAGCAGCAGCGGAGAAAAAAAGAAUGCUGCUGCAGCCACUGCUGCUGCUGACUGCGCGCCUGGCGCUGCGGCUGUUGCCUGCACUACUGCAGCAGCAGCGGCAGCAGCAGCAACAGCAGCAGCAGCAGCAGCAGCAGAGGGGGGCCACUGUGUUAGGGAAGCUCUGGCAGGUGGUGCUACAUAUCUUUAUGCUGCUAGCCUCUUAA